AUGGACACGAGUCAUGUGCAGCCCAUCAAGCUGGCUAGGGUAACCAGAGUGCUGUGCAGGACCAGUCCGCAGGGACAGUGCAUGCAGGUGUGCAUGGAAUUUAUGGAUGAUACCAGCUGCUCUAUCAUUAGAAACGUCAAAGGUGCCGUUGGAGAAGGUGAUGUGCUCACCCUAUCGGAGUUAGAAAGAGAGGCUCAGAGGUUGUGCUGACCUUGCUGCCGGGUCCUGGAUAUCCACCACUUGGUCCCUGAUG